AUGGUCGGAGGUGAGGCUGGAUACAUAAGAAUGGAAAAGAAUAUCAGUGGAAAUUUGCAUGGAAUGUGUGGUAUUGCCAUUUGGCCUUCAUAUCCGAUCAAAAUUGAACCCAAACCCCCGAAGCUUAUACCAACGAUUUUCUGUGAUGAAUAUAAUUUAUGUCUUAUGAGCUUCACCUACUGCUGCAUCUAUGAAGAAGAAGACAAUUGCUAUCAAUGGGGUUCACAGUCCACCACAUGUUGCGAGGAUGAUCGCACUUGCUGGCCUUAUGAUUAUCCCAUUUGCAAUGUUGACGUGAGCAUCUGUCAGAAGAACACGAGCACUUCAUUUGGAGAAAAGGCACUGAACCGGAUACCAGCCAAGCAAGUAAAGGUCUUUGAUGCACUUGACACAACACCAACAUUGUUGAUGCUUGAUGAUGAUGUUGAAAGUUACUAG